AUGGCAACAAAAGGUGAAGUACAACGAAAGACUUCUAACGUCGAAAAGGGGAAGUGUGUGGAUGGUAACUGGGCUGCGGCACAUGUAUCCUACCGCACCAAUGAUUCCGCAUUCAUCUUCCCUAUUACCCCAAGCUCUCCAAUGGGAGAAGAGGUGGAUGCUUGGGCUGAACAACAUAAAAAGAACUUGUGGGGACAGGAAUUGAAAGUCGUCGAGAUGCAGAGUGAAGGUGGAGCUGCAGGUGCUCUACAUGGCGCCUUGGUCUCUGGCGCUUUGGCAACUACCUAUACGGCCAGUCAAGGAUUACUUUUAUUUAUUCCGAAUAUGUACAAGAUCGCUGGUGAGCUGCUGCCUACAGUAAUACACGUGGCCUCUCGUGCUCUUGCUGGGCAGGGUCUAUCAAUCUAUGGUGAUCAUAGUGAUACCAUGUUGGUGCGCGGUUGUGGUUGGUCGAUGAUGAGUUCCUUCUCGGUCCAAGAUGCCCACGACAUGGCUGCAAUUUGCCAAGUCGCUACUCUGAACUCUCGAGUGCCAUUUCUGCACUUUUUUGAUGGCUUCAGAACAAGUCAUGAGGUCAACAAGAUUCAGCUGAUUUCUGACGAGCAACUUUUGGAAUUGAUGCCGUUUGACAAGAUUGAGGAGCAUCGUCAGCGCGCUCUAUCUCCGAUGCACCCAAGUCAAAGGGGAACAGCACAAGCACCCGAUGUAUUCAUGCAAAUGGUGGAAAGCAGUAAUCAGUACUACGCUGAUGUUGAGGGUCACAUUGUGAAAGCAAUGGGUGAUUUUCACCGUGUAACGGGUCGAAAGUACGAACCAAUCGAGUACCGAUACUAUGGUACAACUGCACCAAGAGUCGCUCUGAUUUGCAUGGGUUCUGGUGUAGCUGUUAUUGACAGUACCUUGAAGCACCUGAAGAGCGAAUCUGCUUGCUUGAUUGGCAUUCGAAUGUUCCGUCCUUGGAACAGAAAACGAUUCUGCGAUUUGAUACCCAAGUCGGUCACGAGACUUGCUAUUCUUGAUCGUACUCGAGAGGGUGGUGCGCAGGGUGAGCCCUUGUAUCUCGAUGUUUGCACCUCCUUGAUGCAAGAGGGCAGAGGCAGCAUCUUUGUAGCAGGAGGACGAUACGGAUUAGGAUCAAAGGACUUCACUCCGCGAAUGGUUUCCUCCAUCAUCCAGAACAUGUUGCGCAAGGAUACCAAUGACGUCCAGCGACCAUUCACAGUUGGAAUCACUGAUGAUGUGACAAAUUUAUCACUUCCUCUCGGAAGAUCAUUGAAUGUGCUUGAUCCGAGUGUCACUCAAUGUGUGUUCUGGGGAUUUGGCAGUGAUGGAACUGUCGGUGCAAACAAGGAGGCUGUCAAAAUGAUUGGAAACUAUCAUGAGGAUAUGGAAGUCCAAGCAUACUUUGAAUACGAUUCCAAAAAAAGUAGUGGAUGGACCACUUCCCACCUUCGUUUCUCUUCCGAUGUUUCCAUUCAAGCUCCAUGGCGAGUUGAGGAAAAUGCUGCGGACUAUGUCGCCUGCCAUAAUGAGUCCUAUGUCCAAGCGAACAAGUUCGAUGUUAUCAAGUAUCUCAAACGAAGAGGUAAUUUUUUCCUCAACACGACAGCCGCUGCAAUUGAUGAUCCAGAGAAGAGACUUGAAGCACUGGAGCAUCUGGUAUCACCCAAGAUCCUUCGCAACAUUGCGAUGAGGAACAUCAGUCUCUACAUUAUGGAUGCAGUUGGACUUUCAAGAAAGUUUGGUUUGGCUGGACGUAUCAACAUGAUCUGCCAGGUCGUGUUUUUCCGACUCUCGAAUGUGAUUCCUCUGGAUGAUGCUGUUGCUCUCUUGAAGGCAACCAUUGUCAAGGCCUACUCUCAUAAAGGAGACGAUAUCGUGAAGAAGAAUAUCGACCUAUUGGAUGCGGUUGUCUCUGAUCCAAAUACCUUGAUUAAGGUUGAAGUUCCAGCCAGAUGGAAGAAACUUCAUGAGCACAAUGACAAGCCAUACGAAGAUCGUCACAAUAGGCUUCUUGAUGAUGAAAAGGUGCGCAAGUUCAUGGCUGAGAUCGUUGACCCUGUGUCUCGCCUUGAAGGAGACGACAUCCCAGUGUCCAAGUUCCUCGAAAACCAUCUUCUUGGUGGUGUCAUGAUUCCUGGUACAACCAAGUUCGAGAAACGAAACCCCAAUCCAAGUGGCAAAAUCCCGAAGUGGAACUUCGAUGAUUGUACUCAGUGCAAUGCUUGUAUCUUCAUAUGUCCUCACGCGGCAAUUAGGCCGUUCGUCGUGACAAAAGACGAGGCUUUGAACGCGCCCUUCCCCAAAGAGUUCGACACAAUUAAGGCAACUGGCGCUGAGUUUGGUGGAAAGAAGUAUGCGAUUCGGGUGUCGCCAUUGGAUUGCACAGGCUGCAAUGCUUGCGUGGAAGCUUGUCCCGAAACUCCCAAGGCACUUGAGAUGCAAAGCAUUGAGACCAACAAAGAAGCAAACGAAAAGAACUGGGAGUACGCUUAUGACUUGCCCGAACGUGGAGACCUAAUUGACAAGAAGACCGUCCGGGGAUCUCAAUUCCAGACACCAUUAAUGGAGUUCUCUGGAGCUUGCUCUGGUUGCGGUGAGACGCCUUACUUCAAACUUCUCACUCAGAUGUUCGGAGAACGCAUGGUCAUUGCAAACGCUACUGGUUGUAGUACAAUUUGGGGAGGUUCUUUCCCUUCGAAUCCAUACACAGUCUCGAAAAAAACAGGCCGUGGCCCAGCAUGGGCAAAUUCAUUGUUUGAGGACAAUGCAGAAUAUGGACUUGGAAUGUUCGUUGCCAUGCGUCACCGUCGAGAAAGAUUGAUAACCCUAGUCGAAGAUUACGUACACAGGAUGGAGUUGAAGGAUGCUUCUCAGAAGACCGAAACUGAAUCGAAACUCGUCCAUUACCUCAUGGAUUGGCUCGAAAUCAAGAACGACAAGUCCGAUAAGUGCACACAUCUAUUUGACAAAAUGAAACCACUCUUCGAGAAAAUCAUGGGAGAAGACAGCACCACUGGUGUUGCAAUUCCACUUAUCAAUAGGAUUUGGUCAGACCGCGACAUGUUCCCGAAGCUUUCGCAAUGGAUUGUUGGAGGAGAUGGUUGGGCGUAUGAUAUUGGCUUUGGUGGCCUUGAUCAUGUCGAAGCAUUUGAAUCCAACGAUGUCAACGUCUUGGUCGUCGAUACGGAGAUGUACAGCAACACUGGUGGCCAGUGUUCGAAAGCAACUCCUGCUGGUGCCUCUGCGAAGUUCGCUGUCGGAGGAAAGCAACAACGAAAGAAGAGCAUCGGAGAGAUCUUCAUGACUUACGAACAUGUGUAUGUUGCAAGUGUCUCCCUGGCGAAUCAAGCACAAGUACUCCAGGCCUUUAUUGAGGCAGAUAAACACGAUGGUCCAUCAUUCAUUGUCGCCUAUAGCCCUUGUGUCCAACAAGGUAUCCGCCCGCGUGGACUCGACGAUAUGGUUGAAGAAUCAAGAUUUGCAGUCGAUUCGGGAUAUUGGCCACUCUAUCGCUACAAUCCCGAAAUGAUAUUGGAAAGCAAGAAUCCAUUCAUUUUGGACAGCAAGAAGCUUCGUAAGGACGUUACGUCAUUCCUACAACGCGAGAGUCGAUUCAUCAACUUGAGGAAGAAGCAUCCAGAAGUUGCAGAAGGAUUGAUCAUGAAAAUGAAUAGUGAUGUGCACAAUCGUAUGGACCACUUAAACCAACUUGCAUCUGGAUACAAGGCUUUUGAUCACGAAGACGAUGCUUCUGUGAAGGUGCUCUUUGCAUCAGAAACAGGUACCGCUGCUCGCUUGGCAAGAGACUUUGCGGAUGCCUGUGUCUUGUCACACGUCGCAGAUGCCAUGGAUGAUGUCGACGUUGAUGACAUCGAUGGUGGCACAACGGUCUUCUUCAUCGCAACUUGCGGACAAGGAGCCAUGCCACAGAAUGCAAAAGCAUUCUACAAGCAGCUCUGCGCCCGAACCGACAAGUUCAAGGAGGGUACACAGUUUAUGGUGAUGGGGCUUGGAGACUCGUCAUACUACUUCUUCUGUGAAUCUGCCAAGCUUGUUGAAAAGAAAAUGAUCGAGCUUGGGGCAAAUAAGAUUGUUGAUCUCGGUCUUGGAGAUGAUUUUGCUGAGGAAGGCCUCGAAGGAGGACUUCACGAUUGGUUGGAUGAUGUUUGGCCCGCUCUUGAUGUGCCACCACCGGCCGAAGUUCCUCAUAUUACUCCUGUCAAGGUUGAAUACAGUCCAAAGGCCAUCAUCAAGCCAUCGGACGAAGAACGUGUUCUUCACAUGUACUACCAAUCCGAUGACAUCCAUGCCAAGAGUAUUCCAAUUCUAAGUAAUGAAAAGAUGUGCGGUGAAGACUACGACCGUGAUUUCCGCACUAUUCGUUUGAACACGGGAGAAGAAAUGCCAUAUGAACUUGGAGAUGCGUUGGAGAUCUUCCCACACAACGAUCAAGACAAGGUUGCCGAGUUCCUGCAUGAGUAUACCCAUGACUUUGAUGAGCGGACUGUUGUCAAGAUCCAUGAUUUCGGUAUUGAAGGCGAGGUUUCACUUGGUACCCUCUUCACAUAUGUCCUUGAUCUCUUUGGCAAGCCAUCCAAGCACUUUAUGCAACAGCUUGCAACCUUUGAAACAGAUGAGGAAGAGAAGAAGACCAUGCUCGAUAUUGGAUUCUUGGUCAAGGCAGGAAAAGAGGCAGGGCUCACAAUGGCAGAUGCGUUGAUUCGCUUCAAGAAGGCUCAUCCUCCACUCCCUGUUCUCUUGGCCAUCAUUCCAACCAUCAAACCUCGCGCCUAUUCCAUCGCGAGUGCUCCGUCGACUUCCAAGAACAUCACAGAGUUGUUGGUAUUGAUUGAUAGUUGGUGGUGUGAAGCAGGAACGCGAUACGGUUUGACAUGCGACAUGCUUCGCCAGAAACUUUGUGGCGAUCAUUUGUGGUGCCGCAUGAAGGCUGGAAGCAUGGAUCCUCCUGAACCGGGGCAACCCGUCCUCUGUGCUGGAAUCGGCAGUGGAUUGGCUCCCCACAUGGCCUUUCUUCGCGACAAAGUUCGUGCUGUCCAAAAUGGAGAGAAGGUCGGCAAGUUCUCUUUGUACUUUGGAAACCGCAAGAAGGCACACGAGUAUCUUUAUCAGGCCGAGCUUGAGGGCUAUGAGAAGAAGUACGAUUGGUUCACCCUACAUGCCGCUUUCAGCCGGGAUGACCCCAAGAAGAAGGUCUAUGUUCAAGACUUGGUAGGCAAGACCGAUGAUGCCCGUCUCUUGCUUCACGACACCCCGGAUGGUAUGAUGUAUGUCUGCGGAAAUCGAAACUUGCCCAAGCCAUUGCAGAAGGCGUUGGUCCAAAGCUUCUCCAAAUGGAGUGAAGAUCCAAAGGAAAUUGAGAAGGCUAACAACGCCAUGGAACAAAUGUACGUCAAGAACCGCAUUCAACAAGAGGUAUGGUAG